AUGCUUCGUUUUGGUGGACGUUCAGUAGCACGACUUGUUGCACGUACUGUGCAAUCAAGUUUAAGAUGUUAUGCUAAAGAUGUCAAGUUUGGUGCAGAUGGACGUGCUGCAAUGUUGUUUGGUGUGGAUACUUUAGCUGAUGCAGUGGCAGUUACUAUGGGACCAAAGGGGAGAAAUGUCGUGAUCGAACAGUCGUGGGGAAGUCCUAAAAUUACUAAGGAUGGUGUGACUGUUGCUAAAGCUAUUGAUUUCAAAGAUAAGUACAAGAACUUGGGAGCUAAAUUGGUUCAGGAUGUAGCCAAUAAAACUAAUGAGGAAGCUGGAGAUGGUACCACUUGUGCUACAGUCUUAGCCCGGGCAAUCGCGAAAGAAGGCUUUGAAAAUAUAAGCAAGGGUGCGAAUCCAGUUGAGGUUCGGAGAGGAGUAAUGAAAGCUGUAGAAAUGUUGGUUAGUGAAUUGAAGAAAAUGAGUAAAAAUGUUACGACACCGGAAGAAAUCGCACAAGUCGCUACAAUUUCAGCGAAUGGUGAUACAAGUGUAGGGAAACUGAUAUCUGAAGCGAUGAAGAAGGUGGGAAAUAAAGGUGUUAUCACGGUGAAAGACGGCAAAACAUUAAAUGAUGAAUUAGAAACGAUAGAAGGAAUGAAAUUUGACCGCGGUUACAUUUCUCCGUAUUUUAUUAAUACCACAAAAGGAGCCAGAGUAGAAUUCGAAAAGUGUCUUCUUCUUUUCUCAGAAAAAAAAAUAAGUCAAGUGCAGGAUAUCGUACCAGCUCUAGAAUUGGCAAACAAAUAUAGGAAACCAAUAGUGAUCAUUGCAGAGGAUGUAGAUGGCGAAGCUCUUACUACUCUCGUAUUGAAUAGAUUAAAGGUUAGUCUUCAAGUGGCUGCUGUGAAGGCACCUGGUUUCGGGGACAACAGGAAAAACACAUUAAAAGAUAUGGCUAUUGCUACUGGUGGAACAGUAUUUGGUGAUGAUGCAAAUUUAUUGAAAAUUGAAGAUGUUCAAAUCAGUGAUCUUGGAGAAGCUGAGGAAGUUGCUAUCACCAAAGAUGAUACCCUUAUUCUGCGCGGCAAAGGAAACUCUGAAGAUCUUGAAAAGCGCAUAUCAUUGAUUGAAGAUGAAUUGGAACAAAGUUCAUCGGAAUAUGAAAAGGAGAAGUUAAAUGAACGGUUAGCAAAACUUUCUAAAGGUGUCGCAGUCCUGAAAGUUGGCGGAGCAAGUGAAGUGGAAGUAAAUGAGAAGAAAGAUCGUGUUACAGAUGCCUUGAACGCUACAAGAGCUGCUGUAGAAGAGGGUAUUGUUCCAGGUGGUGGUGUUGCACUUCUGCGUGCUCUAAAAGCCAUUGAAAAUUUCAAAGGAGACAACAUGGAUCAAGAAAAAGGUAUCAGAAUAGUGCAAAAAGCUGUACGAGAACCUAUCAUGACUAUUGUAAAGAAUGCCGGUGUAGAUCCAUCUUCUGUAGUAGAGAAAGUUCUCUCCAGCAGUGACAUUUCUUUUGGGUAUGAUGCCUUGAACGAUAUUUUUGUCGAUAUGUUUAAGGCAGGUAUUAUUGAUCCAACGAAGGUGAUUCGAACUGCCCUACAGGAUGCAGCUGGUGUUGCGUCACUGUUGGCCACAACAGAAUGUGUUGUCACAGAAAUGCCGAAAGAAGAGCCGCAAAUGGCCAGUGGAAUGGGUGGCGGUAUGGGUGGUGGAAUGGGAGGUAUGGGAGGAAUGUAUUGA